UGUGCGAAAGUGCUUGAACUAUAGAUAAGAAAUAAAAAUAUAAACAAACAUAGAAAAAAUUGAAUUUUAAUAAAACCAAGUUGAUAAGAGUUGAGUGAGUGUUCCACUUCAUCGGUCUGGUGCCUUCACUUGUAUAAUAAUGGUCAAAUUCAGUGCCAACUUAGGAUUUUUAUUCCUUGAAGCUGCUUCAAUUGUUGAGCAAUACCAGCUGGCAAAACAAUAUGGAUUCAAGGCUGUAGAACAUCCAUUUCCAGCUAAACACAUCGAUCAUCAAAAACUUUUGCAAGUGAAGAAAGAUUUGAAUCUUGAAGUAACUCUCGUCAACAUCGACACAGAUCCAGAUGCGAAAUUUGGGUGUGCUUCGUUUCCAAAUCAACAAGAGGCAUUUAAAAGAAAUUUCCACAAUACUCUUGACUUUAUGAAGCUUUUUGGUUGCAAAAAGAUCCAUUUGAUGAGUGGAAAGCUUGACUCACCUCCAACUAAGGAGUAUCAUGAAAUGUUUGUGUCAAACUUGAAAUAUGCUGCAGGUUUCCUUGAAAAGGAAAAUUUAAUUGGUGUCAUUGAAUGCAUCAAUCAUUACUCUGUACCUGGUUAUUAUUUGAAUAGCUAUUCAUAUGCCGUCGAUACAAUCAAAGCUGUUGGAAGCAACAACAUUAAAUUAAUGAUUGAUUUAUUUCACAUGCAACUAAUUCAAGGAAACAUUGUUAACAGUCUCAAGGAUUAUCAAUCCCACAUUGGUCACAUCCAAGUUGCUCAAGCACCAAAUCGUAAUGAACCAAACAGUCAAGGUGAACUCAAUUACAAAUUCAUUCUUCAAGAAUUGGAACAGUUAGGCUACGAUGAUUUCAUUGGAUGUGAAUACAAACCGAUGACAACUACCACAGAUGGUCUGAAAUGGAUAACUGACUUUGGAUAUGAACUUUAA